AUGAACGGGUUCGUGGAGGGUGCCACGUUCGAGAGUAUCGUGCAUUACGUGUUGAAGAAUAUGAAGAUUACCCAAGCGCGAGCUGGCUACCUAGUAAUGGAGGUUCUGAAGGCAGGGGUUUCUCUAGGACGCAUCAAGAAAACUCCUCGCGGCACCUAUAUCCUGGCAACGGACAAACCUGGCUCUAUCACGCACAACAUUAAAGAACCACAUUUCAGCGACGACAGCGAUUAUGAUGACGUUUCGUCCGAAGACAGUUCGUGA